UUCAGUUUAUCUGCGCAAGCUCCAGCGGCCGUCAAAUCGCAUAACUUUCAUCCUGCUCAUCUGCACUUUAUCGGCAGGACUCCAUUAGUCUAUCGGAGUAUAGGCCAGGAGCUGGAACGUGCCGCUGCUGAAUAUGGCAAUACGGAAUCCAUUGCUUCAUGUCACGAAAAGAAGCGAUAUACUUAUCGAGGGCUCCUCGAGGAAGCCGAUCGUGUUGCUGCCGGCUUGCUGAAGCUUGGCUUGAAGCAAGGCGACCAUGUGGGUAUUUGGGCGCCAAAUAACGCACACUGGUAUCUGACGAUGUUGGGUGUAGCACGCGCCGGAUUGGUGUCGGUCGGCAUAAACCCAGCAUUUCAAGGUCCCGAAGUCGACUACUGCUUGAAAAAGGUUAAGGUGAAAGCGGUGAUAAUGCCUGAAACAUUUAAAACUCAAAAUUUCUAUGAGAUUAUGAAAAGUAUUUGCCCGCGUGUCAUCGUCGACACAGGCAGCACAUUGAAAGGCGCCCUAAGUUAUGACGAAUUACUCGGCCUGAGUAGUCUAGCCGAGCGCGAGGUUAUCACAAAGCUACAACGCCAUAUCGUACCUGAUAGCGGGUGCAACAUCCAGUUUACCUCUGGCACAACUGGUCAGCCAAAGGCAGCAGUAGUUUCGCAUUACAACUUCGUGAACAACGGCAUACACAUAGGUAAUCGUAAUGAACUGGACAGCGCUUCACGCAUCUGCGUACAAGUUCCACUUUUUCAUGCUUACGGUGUUGUCAUCACAAUAAUGGCCGCUAUGACUCAUGGCAGCACUUUGGUUCUACCAGCAGCCGGUUUUAGUCCGGCCGACUCGUUACGUGCCAUUGUUGACGAAAAAUGCACAGUUAUCCAUGGCACACCCACAAUGUAUGUGGAUCUCAUCAAGAAGCAGAGAGAGUUGAAGUUGCCAUUGAAGACCGCCAAAAUGGCUGUUACCGGCGGAGCGCCAUGCUCGCCACAACUCUUCCUCGACAUUAAGAAUGUGCUUGGUUUGGAGCACGUGCGUACCGUUUUCGGCAUGACUAAAAGCACAGCAGUGAUUUUUCAAUCGCGUCGUGAUAGUAUGGAGCAAAUUUUAAAUACCGUAGGUCAUUUGCAGGAUCAUGUUGAAGCCAAGGUGAUCGAUGCUGAAGGUAAAACCGUGUCCUUCGGCGAGCGUGGAGAACUUUGCGUGCGUGGUUAUGCUACAAUGCUGGGCUACUAUGAUGAUGAGGCGAAAACGAAAGAGACCAUCGGACGUGACAAAUGGCUGAGAACUGGCGAUCAAUUUAUUCUGCAAGAGGAUGGUUACGGUCGCAUUGUGGGACGCCUGAAAGCGAUGAUCAUACGUGGAGGAGAAAAUUUAUUUCCGAAAGAAAUUGAGGAUUUUCUAAACACACAUCCGCAAAAUUGUGGAACUCAUGUGAUUGGUGUUCCAUGUGAACGUUUCGGUGAGGAACUGUGCGCCUUUGUACGGAUGGACGAUAGCUCUACGAAGGUAUCGCGGGAGGACAUUAAGGCAUUCGCUAAAGGAAAGUUGGUACACUUUAAGAUACCACGUUACGUGAUACCAAUUAAGAAUUUUCCGAAAACUACAUCGGGUAAAAUACAGAAAUUCAAGCUCGCCGAAUUGUACGAAAAGGAGUACAGAACAUAAUUAGUAUCGAGGAUAUGAAUUAUUUAUUAGUUGCUAUGAGUGUAGAAAUUUAUAUUGCUCAUGCAUAAGCAUGUAAAAAUGUUUUUUGAUAAAUUUUAUUUUUAAUGUGAAAAAAUUA